GAAAACAUAGGAACUCUGAAAACAUGGCUGAGAGUAAGAAAGAUGGGGAGAUCUUUGACGUGAAGGAGCUGGCGGAAUAUGCCAAGAAUCAGAGGUGGUGGAACAAAGUGUUCGGAAAAAAGAAUUCCGGGCCGGCGGCGGAGAAGUAUUCCGUAGCGACGCAGCUGGCUAUCGGCGGGGUCACGGGAUGGUGUGCGGGCUUUCUCUUUCAGAAGGUCGGGAAGCUGGCCGCGUCGGCGGUGGGCGGGGGUUUCUUUCUACUUCAGAUUGCCAAUCACACGGGCUACAUUAAAAUCGACUGGAAACGGGUGGAGCGGGACAUGGACAAGGCCAAAAAGCAGCUGAAGCUCGACAAGCCCCCGAAAGAAGUGAGAACGAAAGUGGAUGAGGUACAGACGUUUGUGAAGCAGAACAUUGUCCUCACAGGAGGUUUCGUCGGAGGCUUUCUCCUGGGCCUUGCAUCUUAAAACCUCCGUCGACUCCAAUUUGCUUAUUAUCUUUAUUUUAUAUUUCAGUGUCAAGAAAGCAAAGUUUGCCUUCUGCCUACAAAGAAUUUUUUUUUUCUUUUUGACAUCCACAGUAUGUCGCUGCAUUCUGUAUUUAACUUUAAACCCCAAGAGGCUCUACCGUCGCUACGACGCAGCCAAUCACGUUCGGCCACGUUCAAACAAAUCUUUGUAUAAAGCAUGAAGCAUGACACCCUUUUAAAUGGUUCUCAAAUGAAGUGAACUAGCGCUGCAGUGUUUAAGCUUUGUUUCUGUUCUUUUUGCUAAGCUCUCUAUGGUACAGUAAUGCCUUCGUGUAUGAAUCCGUAUGGGUACUGGAGGAAGGAGAAUCAGACUUGUUGUGAGAUUCUCGUGUCUUUUGAUGCAAAUCCACUUUUUAAGUUUGGGCUUACAUUUUCUUCACUCCAGAGUUGCUGAAAAAUAACCUGACACUCCAAUGCUGUCUUAAAUGUAGCAGAGGGGGUCGUUUAUAGAGAAUAGAAACCAAAAGAUAUAUUUUCUUACCUGAAAAUGAGAGAAAUUCCAAAGGAUAGUGGUCAGCUGAAUCAUACAUGUGGGUUGUGUAUGUGUGUGAGACUGUUGUCAUGUAGUGUUCUGUGGGUCAUUUGCAUCAGCCCUGAGUCAUGUCGGUGAUUAAACCAAAUGAUGUCGUACAAUAAUGGCGCAUGGGAUGUGAUGUCACGAUGUGCUCGCUAGCAAACAUUUCCCUUUACCUUCACACCCUGAAAGCUGUAUAAGUAAAACAUUCUGUUCAUCUCAUUUACAAAGUGAGUAAUACAGACAUCAAACAUCAUCUUUAUGACUGGAAUCUCUCAUCAUGAGACACAUAUGCCAAUGAUGUGUGGACUGGAAAUGGCUGAAGCCUCGACAUUAAUUAGCAAUAUGUGGUCAGUGUCCAGCAAAAGAGCCAGUAUUGUUUAUACUGAAUGGGAAUGAAAGGCUGACACAAACUGAGAAAAUUAGUUCUGAACCAAGUAGUGUUUGGUGUGUGUAUUAUUGUUAUUUUUUUUUCCAGUUUUGGUAAAUAUUCUGUAGAAAUGAACCGCAUCUUAAAC